ACAUUCUUUGACAUUAACGUGGAGCGUGGUCGCUUGAUCGGCUCCAUUUUUAUCCUUAGAUUGUGGUUAGAAUCGCUUUCGUUCGAUUUUUCUUAAAUAACGAAAUGGCGAAAUUUGAUUUGACAUCGCGUAUAGGUCAAUAUCUUGAUCGACAUUUAGUUUUUCCACUUUUAGAAUUCUUAUCUGCGAAACAGAUUUACGAUGAAGACGAGUUAUUACAAGCUAAGCUCGAUAUUCUUAGCAAAACAAAUAUGAUAGAUUAUACAAUUGAUAUUCGAAAACAACUUUAUCCUAACUUAGAGGUGCCUGAGGAAUUAAAAGCUCGUCGUGCAGAUGUACUACAAGAACUUAGUAUUUUACAAAAUAACGUGUCUGUUGUUGUGGCACUUAUGAAUAAUGAAGAAGUCAUGAAGAAAAUGGAAAAUAUGAGAGAUUCUAAAGCAUUAAAUAAUUAUCUUACUCAAGAAUCUGAUUUCAGAGUGGAAAUGAUGGAUAGUUUUGUGAAAUUAGCAAAAUAUCGUUAUGAAUGUGGCAAUUAUUCUGUUUCUACAUCAUAUUUAUAUUUCUAUAUGCUUAUAAUGCCACCAACUGAUAAGAAUUAUUUAAAUGUACUUUGGGGUAAAUUAGCAUCAGAAAUUUUAGUGCAAAAUUGGGAAACUGCAUUAGAAGAUGUAAACAAAUUAAGAGAAUACAUUGAUAGUAAUGUGAUAGGAAAUUCUCUUCAAGUAUUACAACAAAGAACAUGGCUUAUUCAUUGGAGUUUAUUUGUAUUUUUUAAUCAUGUGAAAGGCAGAGAUUUAAUUGUAGAAAUGUUUCUUUAUAGACCACAUUACUUAAAUGCAAUUCAAACAAUGUGUCCUCAUAUAUUGAGAUAUUUAGCAGCAGCUGUUAUUGUUAAUCGUUCUAGACGAUCUAUAUUAAAAGAUCUUGUAAAAGUAAUACAACAGGAAUCUUAUACAUAUCGUGACCCCAUUACGGAAUUUUUAGAACAUUUAUAUGUCAAUUUUGAUUUUGAUGGAGCAAGACAAAAAUUACAAGAAUGUCAAACAGUUGUGUUCAACGAUUUUUUCUUGAUUGCAUUAUUGAGUGAAUUUGUAGAAAAUGCUCGUUUAAUGAUCUUUGAAACAUUUUGUAGAAUACAUCAAUGUAUAAGUAUCGGAAUGCUUGCAGAAAAACUUAAUAUGAAAGCAGAUGUAGCAGAAUGCUGGAUUGUCAAUCUAAUUCGUAAUGCACGAUUAGACGCCAAAAUAGAUAGCAAAUUAGGACAUGUUGUAAUGGGUGGACAGCCUGCAUCACCUUAUCAACAGCUAGUUGAAAAAAUUGAAACCUUAAGUGUUCGUAGUGAAGCAUUAGAAAAUUUAAUUGAACGGAAAUUAAAAGCUAAGAAUCAAGAUCCUUAUCAAAGCUCAUGGAACUUGGACUUAUAACAUCACGAUGUAAUAUGCAAAGACACUAACUAACAAGGCAUUUAACUCAACUGUAAGCAGAACAUCUGACAGUGAAAUAAUUCAAUUCUAUAUAAGUAAGUUAAAGACAGAGUUAUAUUGUAAAAUGAAUAUAUUUUUAUUCAAAUUCUUUUUUAAGAAAUUAAAUUGAAUGAAUAAAAAUAUAUUUGUGGAAAAAUUGUAUAAAUAUACGUAUAUGUAUAUUAUUACAUGAAAAUUAUUAUACUUUUUGUAAUAUGUAUUUAUACAUUUCAUUAUAAGAAAUGUAUAAAAAGAAAGUACAUAUAAUUCGAUACUUUUUUCAACAUUUCUAAUUUCGAAUAUUUGUAAGCAGUAAUUCUAACAAAAAGAUUUCUUUUUAACUUAAAAAAUACAUACUUUAUUUGCUAUGCAAUAAUCUAGAGAAAUUAGAAAUCAAUUUUUUUUAAAAUAAAUAAAAAUUAAAAAAAUAUAAAUUUAUUAUUUAAAAAAUUAAAUAUAAAUUCUUUAUGAAAAAUUUCCAUUAAUUUGUAUGAAAAUAGUUUCAUAUAGCCUUAAAUCAUAAUAUCAACAAUAUUAUUUAUUCUUUCGUAAAAACAUAUAUGAACAUAAAAUACUGUAUAUUUGAUAAAAUGUAAUUUUAUAAUUUAAUAACAGAUAUUUUAUGCGAUAGAUAUAAAAAAGAUAUAAUUAAUAUUAAUGAAUAUUGCUAUAAAUCAUCAUGAUUUGUUUAUUUCAUUACUGAUAAAAGAAUUAUUUGCUUCUAUACAAGAAUCUUCCAUAUUGGAAAAACCAAAACUGCAUCCAGUAUAAGAAUCUUGAUUAAUACAAUAUAUUAAAAUGCUUUUCCAAUAUGGAUCUUGUGCCAAAAGUUUGGGAUUUCCUAAGAUAAUAACUAAAACACGAGCUCGAGUAACUGCCACAUUAAGUCUUCGAGGACAAGCAACAAAUCCAAGAGAAUGUUUAAUAUCUUCAUUUACAAAAUUAGUUGAAGAUCGCACAGCUGAAAUAAUGAUAACAUUGCGCUCUUGACCUUGAAAUCCUUCAACGCUACUAAUUUUUGGUAAUUCUAUAUUUAAUUCCAUGAGUAAUUCACGAAUUUGAAGAACCUGUGUAUCAAGCAAUAAAUGUAAUAUAAAAUAAUUUUAUAA